GGCAGUGGCAGCGCCGAGCGGGGCACGAGUGGUGCGCGCUGAGUGGUGCGGUAUCGCUGCCGGGCUGGGACGUGGGGUGACAAGGGAGGGAAGCUUCCCCCGCCGGCCUGAGCGGGCCCAGCUCGCCACGGUGCCCUGUGAGAAGCAACAAGAAGGAGGAGGAGGAGGAGGCAGCCUUCAUCCCUUGCCCAGCAGGGAAGAGGAAGGCGCUGCCAUCGUCCUGCUGCAAGGCAAAGCUCCCUUGGCGAGCCUGGCCAUGGCCGCCAUCCGCAAGAAGCUGGUGGUGGUGGGCGACGGAGCGUGUGGCAAGACUUGCCUCCUCAUCGUCUUCAGCAAAGAUGAGUUCCCCGAGGUCUACGUGCCCACCGUCUUCGAGAACUACGUGGCCGACAUCGAGGUGGACGGCAAGCAGGUGGAGCUGGCCCUGUGGGACACAGCCGGACAGGAGGACUAUGACCGCCUGCGCCCCCUCUCCUACCCGGACACCGAUGUCAUCCUCAUGUGCUUCUCCGUGGAUAGCCCGGACUCGCUGGAGAAUAUCCCGGAGAAGUGGGUGCCUGAAGUCAAGCACUUCUGCCCCAACGUCCCCAUCAUCCUGGUGGCCAACAAGAAAGACCUGCGUAACGACGAGCACGUGCGCAAUGAGCUGGCCCGCAUGAAGCAGGAGCCGGUGCGCACCGAGGACGGCCGUGCCAUGGCCAUUCGCAUCCAGGCCUACGACUACCUGGAGUGCUCAGCCAAGACCAAGGAGGGUGUCCGGGAGGUCUUUGAGACGGCCACCCGGGCGGCGUUGCAGAAGCGCUACGGCACCCAGAAUGGCUGCAUCAACUGCUGCAAAGUCCUAUAGGGCGCGGCUGGAGUGCGGCGCUGAGCACAGCGCCUGGGUCACCUGUUGGCAGGCGGAGAGGAGCUGGGUUCUGCUCGCACACGGCAUCUGCCUGUCCCCUCCGCUGGGGGCUGGCGAUGAAUUGGGCUGGGGACUAGGGGAGCAAGCGUGCUCCCUUAGCCUUGGCUGAAAAGGGUUGUGCUGGCUCAGCUGUGGGGACAGAGGGAGGGGGGAUUGCAUGCCCUGAGUCUUGGGAAUAAAGUGGGGGGAAGCCUUCUCCCACCACUCUCCCCUGUGACUUGAUUGCAGACUCUCAACAACAAAAAGCUGCCGAGACUGGACUGAGCAAACAUUGCACCCAGCUGUUCCCCUUUGACCACCACCUGCUGCUCCCGGCUCCCAGACAUCCUCCUCUUUUUUGCGAGAGGAGAAGAAUGGAGCUGAGAUCCUUGAAGGGACUUCUGCCUCCUGCCUGCAUGUGCCUCCCCCCAGGCGGGCUGGGGAAGGGGGCUGCAUUUUUUGGGCUCCCCGCAGCACCCUCACCUCUCCCGCAGCUGUUUUGGCCUGAGCCUGACCUGCUGUGGAAAUUAGUGCCCUGAAGACAGAGACUGGGAGGGGAGGGUCAUCCCAAGCAAAGCCUGUAUAUAUCUUACCUUUUCUGUUUUGUGCAAACUGGGGUAGUGCAGGGGGUGCUUACUUAAAGUGAGGUGGGGAGGGGGUGCCCAGCUGGGGCUUGUGUUGUGCGAAGGAACUUGCCCUGAGUGACCGAUGCCUGCUGAUAAAGCGAGCUUUGAACAGACUCCAGCUGCAGAAGCCACCAGAUUGGAAAAUAAAGCUGAAGUGCUCUGUCCUCCUUGCUGGACAUCCUCCACCUGAUGGACCAGGCAGGAUGAGCAAGGGGGAAGAGGAUGAUAUUGCCAUAUUAUGAUCUUGGUGCCUGCUCCUUUGUUUAAUGUUGUCUUCUGCAAGUAUGUUGAUUUUUGGUUUAAGAGUUUUAUUUUCAAAAAGAAAUUAUUUUGCACAAGUUGGUGGAUUUUUGUUUUUAAAUCAAACACUCAGUGCACUUGUCAUCUGCGUACAACACUGUAGCAUUGGAAACAUUCGUACUUGGUAGCCUCAUCUGGGUCUUGUGUUGAAAUCACAAUUUUAAACAAGAUGAAAUAAAACCACUGUAUCUUUUUGCCUUGGAAAAAAAUGAGUGAAAGUACUGUUUAUUAUGCAGUGACUACAUCAGACUUUAAUACUAAAGGGCAGUUUAAAGAAUCUAGGAUUAUUUAAAACUCUAUUUUCACAGGGUGGACAACCCAGGUGAAAAUAAUCUUGUGUUUCUCUGGUUCAGAGAACAAAUGUAUUCAGUUAUGUUUGUUUAUUUUUGUCCCUCUCCCCUAAACAGUGGUACUGAGACUGUUCUGUUUCUGUUUUUAAUAAACUGACAUGGCAAAAACUGAAAUGUAUAUGAUGUUUACAUAAAAUUAUGAACUGUGUAUGCAGUUUUUUAUGUAAAGUAUUAAAAGAUUCUAUGCUGA